CUUCUCCGCCUCCCCUGCACUCUACGGGAACUCCCCGCGUUGCACUACGAGCGUCGUCGUCCUGAGUCUCUGCUGCCUCUCUUUCUCUCUGUGUGGACGUGGAGCUCCUGAGGAAGCGUCAUGAGGGUUUCUCUGCUGCUGAUCUUCGCUCUCGCGGCUCUCGUGGCGGCCGCUGAGGCGAUAAAAUGCAAGGGCGAGUGCGUGUCCGCCGGCUCGUGUGAAGGGAAGCAGACGAAGGCCGAGUGCGACGGCGCCCAGGUCUGCUGCAUCACCGGAAACAAUGUUGACAUCAAAAGGAACUGCAAAUCCACUCGCAAAUGCGGCAAGCUCAACGGUGAAUGCAGGAAAAAGAGCUGUCUCCCUGGAGAAGUCAAGUUCAAGAACAAGGGCAAGAAGGUCUUCUGUAAGGGCAAGAAGAAGUGCGUUUGCUGUGCCAGAACCUGCGAAAACAAGGGCUUGUGCAACCUUAAGGGCGGUUUCUGUCAGCCCAUAUCCAUGCCUUGCGACGGCACGCUGGAGACUGGCAAACCCUACUGCAAGGCCAACAAGAAGCUGAAGGGAGGCAAAAAGAACAAGUGCGGAUGCUGCAUUCCAACAGUGUUCCGAGAGCCUCCGCUCCGACAACAAUCCCACUGCCUAGCUUCUCCGCCUCCCCUGCACUCUACGGGAACUCCCCGCGUUGCACUACGAGCGUCGUCGUCCUGA